AUGCCUCACUAUCAUGCCGACCUGGUGAUGAGGCAUACCUACGUCCGAAGAGAGGUUGUGCCUCCGCACCGACUGCCAUUCUUGGUGCCCAACGCCUCUCAGAUUCCCAACAUGCCAUCUUUGGUAGUAAGAGCUCCCGCCUCGGCGGAGACAACCUCAAGUCAAGGCAAAGCCACCAGCAUGACGAUGACCACUGUGUUGCCUGUCGUACUUGGUGCUGGUGUCCCUAUUAUUGUUGCCAUUGUGGUCCUGAUUAUUCUCCACCGACGACACGUCAAGAAGCUUCUGAGCGAGGACGCCAACGACAAACACAAAUCUCUCGAUUUUGGUAUGGAUGUCGUGGGUCCUCCAGCAGGACGCAAAAAGAUGCCGAACGGUCUGCCCCAGAUGGUGGAACCUACUCAUGCCAAGGGUCUGUCUCUGGACGUGCAUCCAUAUCUCUUACCACCGGGUCUCCACCGUUCUCGGGACUCGCUGCAAUCUCUCUCUCGGUCCAUCGACGAUGACAAAUAUCGCCCAGCUAACUUGGUAACUGAUGCGGGCUCGGUCCGAUCUUUCCCAAGAGGUCGGGACGAUGCAUCGAGCUUCACUGGGUCAACCAACCGGUUCGGAGCCUCGGAAGAGCCAAGCUCGGGUCUAUUGCGAAAUGCUCAACGCAUGUCCCGCUCGUCCCCUCCACUCUACCCCAACUCGCCGAGCGACUCUACUCCGCAGCCCCCUCCUCCAACGUACCAGAACUACCCCGGAUCGCAAUCCGGGUUGACCCCCAGUCCUUCGGAGCAUGAUGAGCAUGGGUUGGCAAUUGGGAGUGCGACCACCGACGCCAGGAACAGUGAGCGGGCUGCUCCAUCAGAGCUACAUUUCAACCUGAACUCGGAGCAUAGUCUUCAUUUCGAGAUUGAAACUCCUCACAAUGGCACUGGCAAUGAGAACAUGCACUAUGAAGAUCGCCUCAAUUUCCCGCUACCGGGACCUACAUCGUCCCAUCAGAAGCCUGAACACAUGCAAAGCUCCACGAUGCAGCUCCCUCGGAUUUCACUACCGGCAAGCGAUGUGACUAGUAGCGAUUAUGGAGAUGAUCGCAAGUCGGAGCUGGUUAUUCCGUCGGGGAAUAUGCAUAGUAUCGAUGAUGCUAAACACGAUGCCAACCACGACAACAAAUCGCCCAACCUGCCAGAGGAGCCUGCGAAUCAGGAAUCUGUAUACGAUGCCCGCCCUGACACUCGCCGGCUGACCCUCGGGGUUCGCCCACUGCCCCCUGAGGAUCCGGCGGACAAUCCGGAGCAGCGUGCGAACCGAAUUCGCUCCUUCUACAAGGAGUACUUCGAUGACAGCAAGCGCGAGACCACGUACAUGGAAGACUACGGUGCUGCCGAUGCCUAUGACGGAGGCUACGUCUAUGAUCCCACCACCGGUGAUUAUUACGAUGCCGCUCCUCCCGCUCCGUUUGCCGACCCCAUCGGCCGUCGCGCCAUGACUCCUCCGCCUCGCGCUCCUCCACGUUUCCAGGGGGCCGCCCGUCACAUGGCGACCAACUCUGCCGGCUUGAACCCAGGCCCGCGUGCAUUCUCCUCGGCAUCUGGCCGGGUCCCUCCUCCCCGAGGGCCCCGAAAGCCAAUGCCUCCUCCUGCACCGCUUCAAAUGCUCCCGACUCCUCAUAUGCUGAAAGAUGAUUCCAUCAUGAUGGCCGCCGACUUCGCACCCGGCAAGAACUUCAGAAACCAGCGUGAAGGUCGCCCAGAGACCCCGACAGGUGGCAAGAUGCCCUUCAGCCCGAGUCUUCGGGCUCACACCCCUCUCGCAUCGGCAUUUGAUGAGCUUGCCGUGAUCCCUAGCCCUCACGCCUUGCGGAAAUCUGGCACAUACACCAGUCUAGACUUCGCCCCGCCGCCCCGCUUCAAGAACAGCGACGGAGGCAGUGACGCUGGUAGCAUCCGCAGCAACCGAACCGGAAUCUCGAAUACUCACAUGAACAACAUUCGUAAUGGUAACUACCGCGUCAGCCGACUGCCUGUGGACACGGUAGGCACCAAGGACGACUUGAUGUCCAGCCUGCGCCCUGAUUGGGAUAUGACUAGAUAG